AUGCCGUCGGUUGCGAAGCCGCGGAGCGAUCCCGCAGCGGUUUUGAAGCAGAUCAUCAUAUCACCGUCAGAUGCAGAUUAUGUCGAUCAGCUGAUACCAUCCUUGAAGGAAGCCAGCUACAGCAACAAAACCUCUCGGCUGUUGGGGAUCCUCUCAGAUUUCGCGAGCGACAGGGAGGCUGAGAUCGAACGCCAGUGCAACGCUAACCACCAAGAAUUCGUCAACUCGGUCAAUCAGUUGCUGCGGAUACGCGAAGGUACCGUCAAUCUGACAAAUGAAAUCCUGGACCUCAAUCAGUCAAUUCAAGGUAGUACUGAGAAACUUGUCGAGCAAAAGAAGGCUCUAGUGGAGUCGCGCGGAGUUCGUCAAAAUAUUGACGAAGCAAGUCAGUCCUUACAAGAUUGUCUUGAGGUUUUACGCUUAGCCAAUCAGGUGCAAGAGCUGCUCGACAAGAAGCAGUACUAUGCAGCUUUGCGAGCCUUGGACGAACUGCAGAGCGUGCACCUUCGCAAUGUCAGCCAUUACAAGCUGAGCGAACUGAUCCAGCAGUCUGUGCCCGAAACCCAGAAAAAGAUCGCGAAUGAGGUCAUGAAAGAUCUCAACACGUGGUUGUUUCGCAUUCGAGAAAUCUGCCAGUAUCUUGGAGAGCUCUCUUUCUACCACACUGAUCUCCGCAAGCAGCGGCAAAAUGAGCGUGCCGAGAAGAGUCCGUACUUGUCACAAUUCAAGCUCAACUCUGCGCUCGAGCUGGUGGCCGAUGAAAGUGAAGAGUACGAUUUGCUCAAGAACGACGAUCUAGAGAUUGAUUUCACGCCUCUGUUUGAGGCCCUGCACAUUCAUCGUUCGCUCGACAUGAUGGAAAAGUUCAAGGCUGACUAUGCAACCAACCGGAAAGGCCAGCGAGAUCUCAUACUAGCAGAGCCUGUCACCCUGGUGGAAGAGGAUCUCUCGACAUUGCACAACAUGCUGGAAAAUAUAUCAGGCUUCGCAAUCAUGGAGCGAGCAACAAUGAAGAAGGUGCCUGAUCUUCGGACGUCGACUGAAGUUGAUGAGCUGUGGGAUUCGCUUUGUCAGCGAUCGAUUGCGGCAAUGACUAAAACGCUGCACCAGGUCGACAACGCAGAGCACCUCCUCAACAUCAAGAACCUGAUAUCUCUGUUCAUUCAGACAAUGAACUCCUUCAACUACAACACUUCUAUCAUCUCCAACUUCCUACUGGUCCUGUUCGACCGCUAUGCUGAGCUGCUCAAGCAGCGCUUCUCGGAAGAUUUCGUUGAGAUCGUGUCAACCGAUGACUACAUGCCAAUGCCAAUUCAGAACGCCGAGGAAUACGAAAAGGUUGUCAAUGUGAGCUGGUAUACUCCUGAUCGACCCGUCGAUCAGAUGACGUUCCCGACGGUCUUCCCGUUCUCACAGAUGUACCCACUCUGCUGUAUCGACAUUCGCAACUUUCUCAACCAAUUCUACUUCUUCUCCGACACCGAAGCGCCUACCCCAAAUGCCUUGUCUACUACAAUAGAUGCACGACUCCGCACAUCUCUUGACGAUCUGCUGACGAGCAAAGUUUGUGCUUCUUUGGUCAGCAAACUGUCAUCUCAGUACCUCGGACAAGUUGUACAGAUAUUGAUCAACCUCACGCACUUUUCAACCGCCUGUACCGAAUUGGAGACACUGCUGUCAACGAUACCUUCACAGCCCUCGAGCAAUGUCCCAAGCCUCACACUCGCCGCAACGGCACAAUUCACCACGCAUCAGAAGACGGCGGAGAAUCGCAUUUUCGAGCUUGUCAACCUCAAGGUCACAGAUCUUAUCGACACUGCCGACUAUGAAUACACGACUCGCCAAGCACCGUCUGAGCCAAGCUCAUACAUCAUGACUCUCACCAACUACUUGUCAAAUAUUUUGACCACUGUUCUACUGUCUUUGCCUACCGAGCUGAAGGACCUAAUGCUCUUCAACGCCAUCUCGCAUACUGCAUCACAAAUCCUUGCGCAGCCGCUGUCUCCCGAUGUUACCAAGAUUACAUCUCUUGCAGUCAAGCAGCUUUCAAUGGAUGUGCAGCACUUUGCCGACUACGUUAGGACGCUCCCGAACAAUCUCAUCCUUCUCGAAUCUCUCGAUGAGCUGACACAGACCAUUGCGCUAAUGGCGACGGAUCAGCCGGAGGAGUUCUAUGAUAUCAGCCUGCGAAACAAGAAAUACGGCGCUGUAGAUCCGCUCAAGGGCCCGCAGCUACUAGAAAAAGUCGUGCCAGCUACUGAGAUAAGCCCAACCGGCAGAGAGUCCAGUGGCACUGCAGGUGGCAGAAUGGCUGCAUUCCAGCAACGGUUCAUGCAAGGUGGAAGAUGA